AAAAACCGUUGGCGAUUAUAUGCAAAAUUUGAGGUGAAAGUGGUUUUGGAUGGGAUGAUAACAUGAAAAUGAUCACAUGUGAUAGAGCGACAUAUGAUGCAGCAGUGAUGGCACACAAGAAGUAUGAACCAUUUUUGAAUAAAAGCAUUGAUCAUUAUGAUGAAAUGACUUUGGUUGUUGGCAAAGAUAUGGCAACAGGGAGUUUUGCCAGAACAUUUGCUGACAUAGAUUUGGAUGAUGGUAAUGAAGAUUCAAUGCCUGUAGACUGCGACAAUGAAGAGGCUGAAGAGGUAAGAACAAAUGUAUCUUCAUCUGGCACAUCCAAACGUAAAAGAAAAAGUGUUCAAGAAAGUGUCGUUGAAGAACAAAUUAAAUUUGUGGGUGAACAACUUGGCAAAAUUGCUAAUGCUUUGGAACAAUUUACUGCCGAUAAGACAUCACAGCUUUACGAACAAGUGAUGUCGAUGGAGGAAAAAGGAUUUGAUGAUGACUUCUUGUGUUCUGUGUUUGAUUAUCUAGUGAGUCAUGAAUCCGAGGCCAAAGCUUUUUUAGUUAAAAGUAAGAAGCAUAACAAAAUUUGGCUUCAAAAAUUUUCUCAAGGUUGAAGAUUUGAUACUUUUAUGUGGUGUAAUAUUAUGCACUUGGACAAUGUUGUUACUAUGUGGUGAACCAUUAAUUAUGUAUUUGGAUAAUAUUAUUAUUUCUA